AAAAAUCAGAAAAACAAGAACCAUUGUAGACUUUUUGAACUUUCCUAGAACAAAUUAAGCAAAACUCUUCACUCCUAACUCAUUUGCUGAGUCUCUUUGGCAACCAGACCACAAAUUGGGGUAAGCCUAAGAAAAAAUCAGAAAAACAAGAAAUAUUGUAGACUAUUUGAACUUUCCUAGAACAAAUUAAGUAAAACUCUUCACUCCUACCUCAUUUUCUGAGUCUCUUUGGUUACUUUUCUAUAUUUCCUUACAAGCAAAUCAUGUCAGUUAUUGGAGAGGCUGCUCUAUCCGGUUUCUUUCAGGUGCUGUUUAGCAAGUUAACCUCCCCGGAAUUGUUGGAGUUCUUGAACCAAGAUCAAGUUCAAGCUGACCUCAAGAAGUGGAAGACAAUGUUACUGAAAAUCCGUGCAGUUCUAGAUGAUGCAGAAGAGAAGCAGAUGACAAGCCGGGCCGUGAAGAUCUGGUUGGAUGAACUCAGGGACUUAGCUUUUGAUGUGGAGGACGUCUUGGACAAGUUUGCAACCGAAGCUUUGCAACAUAAGUUGAAUGCAGAACACAGCACAAGUAAGGAACCCAUGCUCAUCCCUGCAUAUGUUAGUUUUAAUCCAAGUUCUGUUAUGUUCAAUACUAACAUGCGGUCCAAGAUUAAAGAGAUUAAUACAAGAUUGCAAGAAAGUGUGACACAAAAGAAUUAUCUGGAAUUGAGAUACUAUGAUGGGGGAAGAACUAAAACAGCAAGACUACCCACAACUUCUCUUGUGAAUGAAGGUCACGUUUAUGGCAGAGAUGAAGAUAAAAAGGCUAUUGUCAACUUGUUGCUGGGUGCUGGAUCAAGUAACUCUCAACUCUCUGUGUUUCCCAUACUUGCUAUGGGGGGAAUGGGUAAGACAACUCUUGCUCAACUAGUUUACAACGACCAUGAUGUGAAUCGUCAUUUUGAUAUGAAAGCAUGGAUUUAUGUUUCUGAUGAUUUUGACAUUGUAAGGGUGACAAAAGCAAUUAUACAAUCUGUCACUUGUGAGCCCUAUGAUGUUAAUGAUUUAGAUUUACUUCAAGUCAAACUGAAGAACAUAUUAUUUGGCAAGAAGUUUUUAUUCAUUUUGGAUGAUGUUUGGAAUGAAAAUUACAAUAAUUGGACUGUCUUACAACGUCCAUUUGAAUUUGGGGCUCUAGGAAGUAAGGUUGUUGUCACAACUCGAAAUGAUGGUGUUUCAUCAUUAAUGGGCACUACUCCAAGUUACAAGUUGAAGGAGUUGUCACCAAAUGCUUGUUUGCAUGUAUUUACCCAACACGCAUUGGGGGCAACAGAUUUUAGUGAACAUUUGGAACUUCAAGAAAUUGGCCAAAAAAUUAUAGAGAUGUGUAAGGGCUUGCCUUUGGUAGCAAAAGAACUCGGGGGCCAUUUGCGCACUAAGCACAACCAUGAUCAGUGGAAACAUGUGCUAUAUAGCAACAUCCGAGAUAUACCAGAGGAGAAAAGUGCUAUUAUUCCAACUCUUAGAUUGAGUUACCAAUACCUCCCUUCACAAUUAAAGAGGUGUUUUGCCUAUUGUUCAAUAUUCCCAAAGGCCUAUGAAUUCGAAGAGAUAGAACUAGUCUUGUUAUGGAUGGCAGAAGGUUUGCUUCAAGAAACAGAAGGAAACAAGCAAAUGGAAGAUCUUGGUAGUGAGUAUUUUCUUGAUCUACUAGGGAGAUCAUUUUUCCAACAAUCAAGCAAUCAUGCAUCACGUUUUGUCAUGCAUGACUUGGUCAAUGAUCUGGCUCAAUGGGCUGCAGGAGACAUGUGUUAUAGGUUGGACAACAAAUUGAAUGCUAAUAAUCAAUCCAAGAUUCCCACAAAGGUACGCUAUUUCUCAUAUAUUCCUUGCUUUUGUGAUGGCAUCAAAAGAUUUGAAGACUUCCACGAAGGCAUGUCAUUACGGACUUUCCUACCACUACCAGAAAGGAAAGUUUGCUACUUAACAAAUCAUGUUUCUUAUCAUAUGUUGCCACAAUUGAAAUGUUUAAGCGUAUUAUCUUUAAGUGGAUAUCAAAUUGUUGAGCUAUCAAGUUCUAUUGGUGAUUUGAUACAUUUAAGAUACCUCAAUCUUUCUGGUACUUUGAUUACAAGUUUACCAGAAUCAAUAAGUUCUUUAUACAAUUUGCAAACAUUGAUAUUGAGACGUGUUCCAAACUUACAAGGUUACCAAAGAAAAUUGGGAAUCUAGUCAAUCUUCGGCAUCUUGAUACUACAGAUGCUUAUUUAAUCAAAGAGAUGCCAGUGGGACUAAAAAAUUUAAAAAGCCUACAAACACUACCUGAAUUUGUUGUGGCAAAAGAUACCGGAUCUAAGGUAGGAGACUUGAUGAACUUGAAGUUUCUUCGCAAAACACUUUGCAUUUCAGGCUUAGAGAAUGUGCUUAAUGUUGAGGAUGCUAGAAAGGCUGAUUUAAAUGGUAAGAACUUAGAUGUAUUGGUUAUGAAAUGGGGGUCUGUGCUUAAUGAUUUACUAGAUGCAAGAGUUGCAAUAGAUGUUCUUGACAUGUUACAACCUCCAAUAACGGUAAAAGAACUUUCCAUUAAGGGUUAUGUUGGUGCAAAAUUUCCAACUUGGUUAGGAGAUCCUUUAUUUUCUAAAUUGGUGCUCCUUAAGAUGAAUAGUUGUGAAAAAUGCACAUCAUUGCCUGCGAUUGGACAAUUACCCUCCCUAAAGGAUCUUGUCAUUAUAGGAAUGGCUGGGGUGAGAAGUGUUGGUUCAGAGUUUUAUGGGGAUGGUUUCUUUAAUCCUUUUAGAUCUUUAGUUAGACUUUGCUUUGAGGAUAUGCAAGAAUGGCAAGACUGGAUUCCUUGUGGAGUUGAGCAUGAAGAAUUCCCUUGCUUGCAUGAGCUUUCUAUCAUUAAAUGCCCCAAAUUGCAAGGAAAAUUGCCCCACCAUCUCCCAUCAUUGGAAAAAAUUUCUAUUCGUAAAUGUGAGCAGUUGGUUGUUUCGAUUCCAAACUUUCCAAUGCUUCAUGAGGUAGAAAUCGUCGGAUGCAAAGAGGUGAUAAGCAAAAGUCCCGUUGAGUUAAGCUCACUGAAGUCCAUGGUUCUUUCUAUUUCAGAUUUGACGAGUUUGACAGAGGAAUUCAUGCAAGGAUCAACAAAGGUAGAAUAUGUGACGAUAGAUGAUUGUUAGGAGCUAACAUCUUUAUGGCAAGAGAGGCUUAUUUCCCUUGUAACGCUAGAUAUCAGAUCAUGCCCAAGACUUGUGAACAUCAGUCUACCAUAUACGUUAAGGCCAAUGAAAAUUAAAAAUUGCAAUGCUCUGAAAUCCUUGCCGAUGUCCAAUAGUAUGUGUAUUGAAUACGCAUAUAUUGAUAACUGCCGUUCUCUCACCUGCAUUUCAAGAGGCCAGCUACCUCCAACUUUGAGAAGGCUACACAUUAAAAAUUGUGAGAAUUUGCAAGUUGUGCUUGAUGAGGAGGAGGCCUCUUCCUCUUCUUCUUUAGUGAGGAAUGAGGGAAAUCUUUAUGGCAAUAGCAGUAGUAAUGAGUCACACUUCUUGAACACUUGGAGAUUAGGGAAUGUUCAUCUCUAAAAUGCUUGUCAUCAAAAAACCAGUUUCCUGCUGCCUUGAAAAACCUUUUUGUAUACAAAUGUCCAGAGCUGGAGUCAGUAACAAAAGAGUUACAAAAUGAUGCCUCUCUUGAACACUUCCAAAUUUGUCAUUGUGAAAAGCUUAAGUCCUUACUUGAGGGCCUACACAGACUCUGCCACCUCUAUGUGAUCAAGAUAUGGGACUGUUCUAGUCUUGUUUCCUUCCCGGAUGGAGGUCUCCUCCCAACCAGCCUGAGAAAGCUUUCAAUCGAAAACUGCGAGAAACUUGAGGCCUUGCCUAACUGCUUGCCCAACCUCUCUGCUCUUGAAAUGUUGUAUAUCAAAGAUUGUCCUAAACUUGAAUACCUCCCAGAGAACGGUCUGCCUCCUUCACUUUUGAAACUUUAUAUUUAUAGGUGUCCUCUACUGGAACAGCACUGCAAGAAAGGCAAAGGUCGAGAGUGGUUCAAAAUUGCCAACAUCCCUCGUGUUGAGAUUGAUUGGAGGUCUGUCUAUGAGGUGGAGGAGGAGCAAGAAUAAUUGUAUCGCCUGAACUCCUAAAAAUUCUUCUCAAUACUUGGAGAAUUUGAUGAUUGCUAGUUAGAUAUCAUGUUGAGGAACACAAUGAUCAAUGAGUAUGUACAGAAUAUCAAGAUGCCAUUUUCAUACUAGGCCUGAGUGGAAUGACAUUUCAACCAAAGGUCAUGUCUUGCACAGAUGAAUAAAGCAUUCUCACCUUUGCUGCAGAUGAGACUUGCUCAGAUUCUGGAAGUGGGAAUUCAAACUACAUUAAUCGGCAAACAUCCAGGCCAAGCUCAUGAGUUGGCUGUUGAGCCUGUGAGACCUCAUAUCUUUCAUACCUGUGGUGAAGAUGGAUUGGUGCAGUGUGGAAAAGAUUCAUUGAAAACAAAGCAAGAACAAAAGAAUCGAAUAAAAAUAACUGUCAUAAACAAGAUUGGAGCUUCUGCAACCACAAGCACAUCAACUAUGGUGGACAUUAAGCUAGAAGAAAGGAAGCAUUGAAAAAUGCAUUGAGAGCCCAACGAGCAAGCUGAGCACAUUCAUUAGAAAAUACAGGUGAGAAAUUAUCCAUGAACUGACUAAAAAGGGCAAGUAUGCUAAAAGGAUUUUGUUACAUACAUAUUCUUAUAUGUUCCGGAAACUCUGGAACUCCUAAUUUGCAAAGUGCGCGUGCACACACAUGCUGUUUUUAGUUUUGCGCACGUGCAGCACACAUUCUUCAUUCGAAAUCAUAAAUGGAAAUACAGUUUAAUCUGAAAAUCUGGAACUCCUAAUUUGCAAGGUGCGCGCGUGCACCCACACGACAUCUUACUUUACCGUGCGUGCAACACACAUUCUUCAAUUGAAAUCAUAAAUGGAAAAACAGUUUAAUCUGAAUGCACUUACUUUAAUUAUUACAUAAACACAAUACCUAGCAAAAAAAAUUUAAUUGUUCUAUUAACUCCCAAGCAGUGAAAUGAUAUAUUUAGAAAUAAGCAGUCAUUCUCCAAGACUAGUAGACUACCAUUAUACAUCUUCAUUAUCCAAUCAUGACAAACCAAACCAGUUCUCCGAUAACCACAUAACCCUAGUUUAAUUAACUAUAUUGUAAAAAACAAAACAAAACAAAAAUGAAGACAACAAAAUUGAAUCUGCAGUUGAAUGAUUAAUUACAAAUGGAAUUUCCCUCGUAAAAACUUUUCUCAAGUUGACUUUGCAUGUAUCUGUCAUUAUUCGCUCUGCAUUUCUUUCUCCAAUUUCUUGCAUGAAUUCAUAUAGUAGGAAAUAAAGCAUGAAAAAACUACGUAAUUCAUUGGUGAAUGCAUGACUUUUCUUACAAAAGUGAUCAUUAGCCACCAAACAAAUCUGUUCUCCUCAAACAAGGGCAAAUUCAGAAAGAAAUAAAGAGUGUUGAGAUGCUAUGCAUAUAAUUAUGAGUACAUAUCUCAAACAUCUUACAAUCUGUUAGCUUUAGCUCUUAAGCUUUUUGUAUUUGUCUCAUGUUCAGAAUGUUCAUCAUCAUAAACACAAUGUUCAUUUCGUUCAAUAAAAGUCUUAUUACCUAUAAAAUAAAAAACAUAUCUCAAACAUCUGAGUUCCAGAAAAUGAACU